AUGGUACUCAAAAUUGUAAACAAUCAUGGCGAAACUAGUUGGGUCCAUCGCGCUCACGCACGUUGCCUUGUACCUCGGCCUGACCGCCUUAUUUAUACGAACUGCCUCCCUCCUCCACAGACUCUCCAAGCGAUACCUAACUCCGCACCUCAUCCCUCGUCUGAUGACCAUCAACUUCUUUAUUCACAAGGCUAUAUCCUAUGCAACAAAUUGACAGCAAUGAGCAGUCCGCAAGAACUGACAACUAUUACUCGCAUGAGGCGAGAUUUUGAAGCCUUCAUUGGGGAGCACCAUAGCAUCAACAGUGGCAAUUCACGAAAAAGAAAGAGUCUUAAGUGUACAUUGGACUUUGAUGAGACACUCACAGAAUGUGAUAUUAACAAUGAAAAUGAUGCUUUCUGUUCAAAACGAGCAUAUGAAAAACUUCAAGAGGCUGAGCGUUUGGCUGAUAAAAGUGACAUUGCUCAACUCAAAACUCAGAUUGUUAAUUUGGAAGCCAAACUGGAGAGAGAGAGAAUUGAAGCAGACAAAUUACUCAAUGUAGAAAAACAUGAAAAAGAGCAAUGUUUAGAGAAAAUCUCUGAACUAAAAAUGAAGUUGAAAUUGUUGUGUCAGAAAGAAAAUCAACUGCAAGAAGAGAAUAAAGAAAUGAGUGAUCAUUUGACAAAUAUAGAAAGCAAAAUGACUCAACUGAGAAAAGAGAAAACAGAUGCUGAAUGCAAACAACAAAAGGCCAAACUAGAAAAUGAGCAGGAAGCCACUAAAUUGAUGGAAAAAUUAUUUCAAGUCCAGACAGCCUAUAAAAGAUGCCAGAGCCAAUUAGAAGAGGCACACAAUGAAACAUCUACUUUAAAAAAUAAAUUGAGUAAAACCCAAGAUCAAGUUAAAGAAUUGGAGCCAUACAAAAACAAAGCCAAUCUUUCAGAACAGCUUGUCAAAGAUUUGGAACUGAAGGUGCAAAGGCUUGCUGAUGAUUCCAUUAUAAUGAAAAACAUGAAAUCUCAGUUGUCCAGAAUGCCAGAACUUGAGAAAGAAGUUGACAUAUUGCGUACACACAAUAUUAACCUCAGAGACAACCAAGAGAUGACGGCCAUAUUGAAAGAAAAAUUAGAAAGUUGCCAGAAAAAACUUGCUCGUUAUGAGCAACAGUUGAGCCAGUAUUGUUCAAUGGAGGUGGAAUUUGAGGAAGCAAAGAAGAAACUAAAGGAAUGGCAGACAUUAGAUGGUAGCAGCAUUUACAACCCUUUGACACCAUCUGCUGUAAAAAAGAAAUUGUUAGAUUUGCAAAACUCUGAAGCCAUUUUUCUUGAAAAAGAUGGAAAGUUAAAAACUCUUAUCCACACUCAAGGAAAUGAGAUAAAACGUUUGCAGAAUCAAGUCCAGAAAUUACAAUCAAAUUUAGAGAAUGAAGGGACGGCCAACAGACAUUAUAAUGAUGUCAUUAAGUCUUUGAAUAAACGUUGUAUUCGUUUAGAAAAGGAAAGAGAUGGCUACAAACAAAUAAUUGCUUCCUAUGAUAAUGAUUUGACUAUCAUGAGUUCGGAAAGUAUGGCUCGUUCCCGAAUUCAGGCUCUGGAAGAGAUGGUGAAAAAUCUCCGCUCGUCGUUGGAAAGCAAUGAGGCAGAACUUGAUCGCGUCAAAGAACAAUUGCUACAUACCAAUACACAAAAGCUGGAUUUGCAACAGUUACCUUGCACUUCUUCAAAACCAACAGUAACUGUCCUUGACCAGAAGAUAGAAUUACAGCUCAGGCAAAAGAUUGAGGAAUUGGAGAAACAACUGGAAAAUAUGACUGAAGAAAAAAAUAUUUUGGAAAUGAGAAUUGAACAGAGAAAUUUGCAGGGUGACUAUGAUCCUAGAAAAACUAAAGUACUGCACAUGAAAAUGAAUCCUGCUUCUAGCAACCAACAGCUUCGACAAGAAAAGAUGGCCAAAUUGGAGGCUGAGGUUGAACGUCUUCGUGCUCGUGUAAAAGUCUUAGAAGACAGCGGUUCUCAAUCAGUAGAUAUCACUUUGCAAGUGGAUCAAAAGCUUCAAGAGAGUUGUAACUGCAAAGAAGUUGUUGAGCUGAGGUCUCAGUUGGAAAGUGCAGAAUUGAAGAAUAAACGCCUUCUGCAGACUUUCAAAGAAACAAGUCAAGAAGUGCGUGAGAUGACCUAUCGUCUCACUGGAUAUCGCCUGGACAUCACAAGCACUGAUGUCUACAAACUGACCAACAUAUAUGCAGCAUCUGCAGAUGAUUAUUUAAUCUUCAAACGUGGAUCUUCAGGAGAAAUGCAACUUCUUGAAUCCAAUUUUUCCAAAAUGACAAAAGAGUUGAUGGAUGUGUACCUCCAGAGACAGCAUAGCAUUCCUGCAUACCUCAGCAGCAUCACACUUGACCUACUCAAUCAACAAUAA